AUGACUAUGGACCAACAGAUUCAAGAUUUGAACCUCGAUAUUGAGGAAGUAAAGAAGUUUUUGGAACAAUCUGGACGUCCACGUAAUAAACAAUUUCUGGAAAUUCAGUUACGUAAAUAUCAAACUGAGUUAGUCAAUUUAAAAGAGAAACAACAGCAACAGCAAAAUAAUGCAGCACACGAGAAAACAGCUCCAGUGCCAUCAUCGACAACAACAUCUUCGACAAAUCGAACCUAUAACAAAGAUAUUACCCUUUAUGCAUGGGAUCAAACAGACAAAUUUGUGAAAUUGUAUGUUCAGAAUUUAAAUGGUGUAUCAAAUUUGGCAGAAGAUCAAAUAAAGUGUGCAUUUGAACAGCGCGGUUUUCAGUUACAAAUAAACAAUUUGAACAAUGUUAAUUAUACAUUUAAAUUGAAAAAGUUAUUAAAUGAAAUUUUACCGGAUGAAUCAUCAUACAAAGUAAAGAAAGAUUCAGUUCUUAUCAUGCUUCGUAAGAAAGAGUCAAAACAGUGGGAAUGUGUUAUUCAAGACGACAAAAAAGUUGAUAAAAAACCGCCGAAAAUGGAUGAAAAAAAAGAUCCAGGAGACAGUAUGAUGUCGCUAAUGAAACAAAUGUAUGAGGAUGGUGACGAUGAAAUGAAAAGAACGAUAGCCAAAGCUUGGACUGAGUCACGCGAAAAAAUGAAUACAGGUGGUGAAAUGGGAGGAAUGGGCGGUAUGGGCGGUAUGGGUGGAAUGGGCGGUAUGGGAGGAAUGGGCGGAUUUUAA